UCAUUUCAGUAGUUUUGAAGAAAACCAAAACAAUCGAAACGAAUUUUCGCAAUUUGUAAUCAAGACAAAUUUUGCAAUUUUUCGUAGUUAAAAUCGUUCUGAAUAGCUGCAAAUGUGAUCAAAAACUCCUUCAGGCAUGUCGCAGUAUGUUUGUCGAUUUUGUAUGCGUGGUACGGACAGUACCGAGCAUAUCUUCAAGCUCAACAAAACUCUUGAUUUGGCCGGCACGGUGCAACAAUGUCUGGGUCUUAAUGUUUCAUCGCCAACGGCACAAAUUUGCACAAAUUGCAAAGACAUCAUACACAUGAUUGAUGAGUUCCGAAGUCUUUGCCAACGAAGCAACGCGAUUUUCGAAGCAUUCCAAGUGAAAGCAUAUGGGGAACUGGAAUACUGGCGAUAUCAGCAAAGUAUAACCGAAAUACGCCAUUUCAUUCAGAAACAAUCGGAACUGAUUCCGAUUCCUGAUCUGUCGGAAAGCGAUUUCAAUUUGGUAGAAACAUUGGAAGAAGAAGAGAAUGAUCAGGAUACAUCGGCCACAACUUUCACAGAAGUGCUAAUCAAACAAGAACCGCCAAAAGCGAAAAAUAAAAAAGGCUCUAAACAGAUCAAGGAGGCUCCGGCAACCCCGUUCACGAAAACUAAAUCCGGUGUAGCGCUGAAGAUUGCACGCCUUGUGAGGGAACGAUUGCCGCAAUUUAUUGCCUCGAUCCAGGCGGGUGAUAAUUUUUCCGAAUGGACCUUCAUUUCCUAUCAACUCGACUUGGGUGAGCCUGAGUUAGAGAAAAUUUGGGACAACAUGAAAACCAACUACCGGAUGCAGAAAAGACAGCAAGAAACGGAACGAAGCGAGCAGGGUCGAGUUGAUCGAUGGAAAAGUAACGAACUGUUCAACCUCAUGGAUCAAAUCAUGGCGGGCUUGGCAGGUAUCGAAAAGGUAGACCGUGAACCUCAGGAUACCGUUGUCAUUGCCUCCACCUCGGAGAGUGCAAGCGAACGGACAGAUGUGCUUUCUGUUGAGCUGAAAUUGAAAAUUACUGAAGAAAUGAAAAAAUAUCCGGAAAUGUGGGACACAGAACAGGAAUGUUCCGCGACACGUCGUGAAAUUUUGUGGGAGCACAUGGCCACCAGCCUGCAGUUAGAAACUAGGACGCUUCAGUUGCACUGGCGCCGGAUUCGGGAAAACUACCGAUCCUACGUGCUUCGGCGGGUACGUGGCCCUGGCCGGAGGGUGAUUUCGACGGAUGAGCGUUUCAACCGGCUUGUCGAAUUGUUACAGGAGAUGUACGGCGAUUUAGGCCUCAGCAAGCAGCUCAAACGCGAGGAAGCGGAAAAGAGAACUGAAGCUGGAAAUUAUUCAGAUUAUGAGGAGAGUUAUCAAGUUGACAAACCAGAUGAUAGCGACGCAGCAUGGUAUCGCGAAGAAGAAACCAAAUCAAGGAAGUUCGAUCUACCAGAAGCAAUGAAAAAUUUGAGACGCAAUAGAUAUUCAUUCGCUAAAGCCAUUCACGAUAACGAAAUUCUUUGGAACAAAAAUCAUCCCAACAACGAUGAUCGACAGGCAAAGGACGACGCAUGGAAAGCGGUGGCAAAAAAUUUCAACUCCGAUAUAACUUCGGUAAAAUCAGAAUGGCACCGGUUGCGAACCUUCCAUACCGAAAGAUUCCGCCGAUUUAUUAGUGGACUUUUGAAUGAAAACAGCCCAGCCAUAAAACAUCCGCUCUAUCAGCUACUGGACAAGAUGUUUGGUAAAGAUAUUCGACUAGGCGUGAGAGGAGGUUCGCUAAAGAUGCGUCUACCACGUUCGGGUAAUGAAGAAGGCGAGAGUUCAAACUCAGCGCUGAUCUGUAAUCUCGUAAGCAUAAAUAAAAAGCCUGGUCGUAGACGGGGAAUAAAAGGACCGUUCGGAUGUUUGGAGAAUUGCAUCACGCUGGCUACCGAAAUAGCUAAGCACGAGCUUCUGUGGAAUAUCACACACCCGAAAUACACAAAUCGCGGUGAACGUGGUAGGAUUUGGGAGCAAGUCGGUCGAGAGAUUACCGAUAAUCAGAAUCAAGUCAAGGUGGCUUGGAUGAGAUUGCGUAAGUUCUACCGGGACGAAAAACUACGACGAUCUAACGCUGAACCGACUCCAGAAAUGGGAAAAUAUCACUUCGAGGACGAAGAUGAUAAUCGUCGUCUAUUCGAGGUUCUAGACUCUUUUCUGGUGGCCGUAACCGAUCCUGAGGACGGGUAUGAAAUGGACUUAGCUGGCGCGAAACAAAAAAAGCGCUCUGUCAGCGAACUUAUUGCCAAAAGGCGAAGCACCAUCUGCCGGAAGUACGCGGAUGAAGGUUGCAUUAAGGUGGUCAAGAAUGGUAUCGUACGAUAUCAGAAGGUGUGCGAAAUUUGUGGUUUGCAGGUGGAACGUUCCAGGUACGAGUUUCAUAUGAACAGACACAACGGCUUGACCCCGUACGCCUGCUCCUUCAAGGGUUGUGGGAAAUCGUACGCCAAUCGCACCACUCGUAACAGGCACGAAGUCAUGGAUCACAGUCAGGAAGGAUUUUUCUUCGAGUGUGACCAGUGUGAUGCAAAAUACAAGCAAAGAGCCAAAUUCGACUAUCAUUAUGCGAUCAAACAUAAAAGUGCGGAAGUUAGUUGCGAUCUGUGCGGCAAAGUUUUUCGACAUCCAAAAGUACUGACCCGUCACAAACGCGAUCACAAGAUGAGCUUCAGUUGCAAUGUUUGCGGAAAAAUUCUAGUUUCCCGUUACUCUUUAAAUGUGCACAUGCGUAUCCACACCCAAGAGAAGCCGUUCCCCUGCAGCCUCUGCGAUCAACGGUUCAUGUUGAAGGUCCAACUUAAAACGCACGUGCUCAAUGUACACGGGCUACACUUGGAUGCACUAGAGGCCCCCCAGGCGAGUUCUUCGGAAGUGGAAGGAAAUUCUAGCAGUUAUUAUGAAAAUAAUUAAUUCAACAGAAUCGCGCAGGGCUUAUCU